CAUCGAAAGUGAAGAAAAACAAGACUUUUUGUCUCUGCAUAAUAAAUUUGUAGCAGAAAAAAUUUCAUUAAAAAUCGAGUACUUUAAGAAAAAAGAGUGUAUUUGUUGUGGUAUUAAAAUUACGUGCGUUUUGUUAGUUUGACCAUGCUUCAUAUAAAAAGUACUUGAAGUUUAUUAUACGGCCAUUCUUUGAUCAAAAAUUUUUUUAAGAGUUACGUUACAGUAGAUUGUACCACGUUAUCAUGCCGAGAAAGUCCACGUGAAGUCUAUGUGCGUUUAUUAACAAAGUUAGCCUGAAAAACUAGCUCGACUGCGAAAAUAGUAAUUUAUGAUUUUAUUUUAAAUUUUUACGAUUGUUAAUUUACAUUUUUGAAUUAUCGACGCUUUAAUUGGACUUCAAUUGCAAAUCACUAGCUGUGCUUAGUUAGUUAUAAAUCUUAGAAAAUAGUUAUACGAAACGAUUUGUGUAACGAAAACAAAAUGGCGCCUCAGACGAUAGCCGAUUUGAUUGACUUGUCAUUGGGAAGUCCUGAGGUGGGUGCUGUGAACUUCAACAUCCUUCACUCUGUGCUGCACCAGCUGGUGAAGGAAGUGGGCUUGGGGGACAAAGCAGCCACACCCCCUGACCUGUCUCUCCUCAAGACUCCUUCUAAACAGACAGGGAAGGGUGGGGCACAAAAUGAAACCCAAACUGUAGCCAAAGAUGGGUCCGACAGCAGCUCUUCUUCUGUGCCGUAUCAUGCGAUGUUGAAGCGCAUCAACGAAUUGGAGGGCAGACUAAGGGUACUCGACAAUCCAGACCAGAAACAGGUGAACGAGGACACUAUGUUGCUGAAGGAGCACGGGGGCAAGGGGGUGAGGCCAGUGAGUGACAUGUGGACACUCCUCCAGACCCAGAGGAGGUCACAGUCCAACGAAGAGAUGAUUACCAAGUUAUCUUCUAUGAUGGAAGAUCUUCUGUCUGCCCAUCAGAAGGCAAAGGCAGACAACGACCAACUCAAGGCCAAGAUCAACCAGUUCAACUCACUCGUUGAGCAGCUGAUCAAGACGAGUGAUGAGUUGAAAGCAAGAGUGGACGAACUGGAGAGUAAGGAGAGGGGGGACAGGGAAGACAUUGACAAACUGAAGGAGCGCAUGCAGAGUGCACACGACAACCUGACGCGAAUCAACAGUAGACUGGAAGGGGUGCCCACUGAUUUUUCUGUGUUUGCCCUGAAGAAGGAGGUGGAUGAAAAGUACUCCACCAAAGACGAACUGGACAAAGAGAUGAUGAAGAUGAUGGCACUACUGGAUAAGAAGGCGAGUGAGGCUGACAUGUUGGAGGUGAAGGAGAAACUGAGUAACAUUCCGAGUGACUUGAUGGACCAGCUGGACCAGAUGGCCAAGAAUAUGGAGUCUCUCAGACUGGACAGAGACAGCGAUGCAGAUACCAUCGCCUCCCUUCAGACAAGUUUGGACGCCAUGCAAAACGAGGUCGACAAAAUACAGGCGAAGUGUCAGUUUUUGAUGGACGAGGGAAAAUCCACACGUAACAGUGUCAUUGACCUGGAUGCGAGAGUGCAGACCCUGGACAUGAUCAAAGCCGACAAGGAAACCAUUCAAAUCGAGAUCGACCUGAAAGCGGACAAGCGGGCUCUGGAUAGCAAGAUAGGCCGCACACUGUUUGACGAGAAGACGGGAGAGAUAGACGAGGAGAUAGGCACACUCAAGUUCAAACUGGGCGGAGCUGAGGAAGACUACAAGAAAGCUCUUGAUGAGUUGCUGAAAAAAUUGGAUGCAAAAUUGGACAAGGACGAACUGGGACCCCUCAAAGAGUGGCUGGAGAACAAACUCAAGGGUCUGAAGCCGAAACUGAUCAAGCAGGAGUACAGAUUAGACGGCAACAUGGAAUUGGACGACGCAGCCGGAUUCAGGAAAUCCUCAACGUACUUCUGUCUGAGUUGUGACAAAAAAGUGCGCCUUAAUACCCAGCUGCGGGUGGGGGCUCCUUGGUUGCCAAGUGCAAUCCCACUUAACAAUAAGGACAACCCUGUGCCGACAUUUCCCUCCUACAAUCCCCUGCCUCCCAGUCGAUCGGCCAGACCUUACACUACCUAUGAACUGGAUCAGAUCAGACAGGCUCAAAGACUCAUGCACCAAGAUCCGGACACAGUGAUCCAGCCAUACAACCGACCAGCAGGGGGGCCAUACACGUCCACUCACAACAAACGUAUGCAGAAGGCACAACAGAUUGCUCAAAUGAUUGAGGCAGAGGAAACUGCAGUUGCAGCAGUACCUGAAGUGGAACUAAUGGGAGUAGAUGGUCGCAUCUACAAGGGCAGGACGGGGGAGGGACCUGCAGGCAUGCCUCCGGGGAUCGUCACUGCAGGGGAGUUCGAGCCCCCCAGGGGAGACUCGAGGGCCGGGGGAGGGGUGGAAUUACCCGACAUACAGCAGCGCUCCGGACGGAGAAGCGCAGUACUGAAGUCAGCUAAGAGGUCAAGUGCCAGAGGUCAUCAUGGGGGUCAAGGCCAUCCGCAGAAGCUGAAGCCAUCGACACCAGUGACCGAGGCACAACAUCCGGUACAUAUCGAUCCAGACCUCAUCAACAGUCAACAUCAUGACCCGGCAACCCCCAUGGAAGUGACUAGUGUUCGAGACUAAAUGUAUUAAAGUUGUAAAUUUAGAAAAACAUAUUUUGAUUUUGAAGUUCACAACAAGUGAAGUAAUAUUGAAGAGCAAUGGUGUAAAAAAGCGUAUUCUGCAGAAAAAAAAAUAUUUCUGAACUGAAUAAAAGUGCAGCUUUUGUAUCUAAGAACUGCCUAAGCGAAAACCAUAAACACUAAAAACAUUUUGUUUCCUUUUAAUUGAUACUAUCACCUUUAGCCUCAAGAGUAUCUCAGUUUUAAUUUUGACCAGAAUGCGCGUUCAAGUACCAGAGCAGUGAAAAAUAACAAGGAAGGAAUUUGUUAGUGACGUGUUUUACUAAUCUUCUUUAUUUGAAGUAGAAGUUUCGAGAA